AUGGUGGCCAAAGUCGUGAAGGACGCCAAGGAGAAGGAUGCUGGGCAGAAGAGUGCCGUCUGCUUGCCCGUGAAGAGCAGCGCAGGUCAGGCUGCUAGAACUCGGAUUCCGUGCUUUCUUUGUAGGAGGUGGUUCCCGAGCCCAGCACACCUCAAGCGUCAUGAGAAGCAGUCGGAAUACCAUCGUGCGCAUGCAGACAAGCAGGAUGAGAUGAUCCACCAAAGGAAGGCGGAGUUGAAACUCGCGGUGCACUACCUAAGGGCUCGGGCGAUGGAGAUGGAUGCAGAGCUGGAGGGCCAGGUCCAAAACGAGGCUAUGCAGAGCCAACGAACCUUGCUCGAAAUGCAGGUCCGCCAGCUCCUCUUCGAGUACGGUCAGGCCCAGGAGACUAUUGAGGAGUAUCGGUCCCAUAGGUCCUCCAGGCGCCGACGGGGCCCGCAGCCACCGAAAGCCGUUCUCUCACAGGAGAAGCAAGUGGGCAGGUUAGCCUUUACCGCAGCUGCCGUUUCAUGGCAGGCCUACCAUCGGGAGGCGGUGGCCUACGGAAUCCUGCAGUCCUGGCUGGCUUCACUUUACCUCGAUGGAGAAGGCGGGGCUCCUUCUUUGGCGGAAGAUCGGGAUCUCCGGAAGGGCACGCUGCAGCACCUCUUGCGACUGGCUGUCAUCGCCGAAUCUCGUUCUGGUCUGGCCUUGGCGGUUGCACAGAUGCUUGUGAGCUUCUUCUGGUGGGGUGGCGCCACGGAUGCCGAUGUGACGCCGGGCCCCAGUCCCGAAAUAGCCUCGGCGGCGUUGCGCCUCCAGCAACUGGCUGUGGCGCAUGCAGGCUGCUAUGCCGCCUCCACGCCCAGGGACGACUUUCUCAAGAGGUCCUGCCCCUGGCGGUUGCGCUUUCUUUUGCUCCUGGGUACAGAGCUGGGACAGAAAAUGGCCACAUCCAUGCACGACCUUCGACAGGCUGCAGAAAUGCUGCAGCUGACUCGCCUGCGCUGGCAUCGAAUUCAGGAGCUACCGUUCUUCCGUGAAGGAGCGAACACCGCUUCGUCACCGGUUGCGCACACGGUCUCCCACCGAGGGCCUUUGUCCUGGAAUCAGAAUCGCGACUUUCUCCCCAAGAGCGUGCACCAUCCGAUUUGGCCACGGGAGGCUUGGCCAGAGUUUGCCCAUUUUCUGGAGAAGCACAGCGAAGUGUUUCGGGCAGGACUGGAUGCGCUGCUCGAGGCUGAUCCGGAAGGCCACCUCUUUGAGGAGGUGGCCAGGCAGCAGCCAUCAGAAAUGGCGCCCAGCCGAACAGGUUGGGUGCGCCUGGAUCUCAUCAAUGGACCGGGCUUCGGCCAGCUUUGUUCCUUGGCAGCCCUGCGGCCGAGUUGUGAGCUUCUUGCCUCACGGCCCGAGAUAAAUGGAAACUGCACCGCGUACUUAGCCGGAGCAGCCCUUGCACGACUGAUGCCCGGCAGCGAAAUCAAGCCGCACUUCGAUACUCACUGCAGGCUCGCUGCGCAUCUUGGGCUGCGGUCCGUGGCCGGGGCUUCCAUGCGGGUGGGCGGUGAGAUUGCGUCUUGGGAGGAGGGGAAGGCUUUGGUCUUCGACGACACCUUCGUCCAUUCCGUGAUGCACGAAGGCCUCGAGCCGAGGUAUGUCCUCGUCUCCUGGUUUUGCCACCCGUGUGACCGAAAUUUUCGGAGACAACUCGGUUCCGACUGGCUGGAGGCAAACCCACUGCCAGAACACUGCGGCGAUGGCGGCGGCGAGCCGCUAGUGGAGGGCUACGGAGAUCGGCUUUAG